AUGGCCGCGGCUCGGUCCCAGCAGCUCGGCUUCGGGGCCGCUUCCGCGCUGCCCGCGCCCCCGCCCGGCCCCGCCGCCGCCCCGCCGGCCCCGGGCCCCGGCCCCUUCGCCGGCUUCCUGGGCGCGGGCUCCGGUCCCGCCGCGCCGCCCCGCGCGCCUCCCGCACCUCCCGCGCCCCCCGCAGGCGUGCCGACCCCGUCGGCGUCCCAGCGCCGCAAGCGCACGUCGUUCAGCGCCGAACAGCUGCAGCUGCUGGAGCUCGUCUUCCGCCGGACCAUGUACCCCGACAUCCACCUGCGCGAGCGCCUGGCCGCGCUCACCCUGCUCCCCGAGUCCAGGAUCCAGGUGUGGUUCCAGAACCGGCGGGCCAAGUCAAGGCGGCAGAGCGGGAAAGCCUUUCAGCCCUCGGCCAGAUCCCAGCUUUUCCUCCACCAUGCCGUGCAGGGACCCGAAGUGAAAUGUUUGAAGCCCCAGUCGCCUCUUGAAGUAGACGUGAACUGCCUGCCCGAUCCCAACAGGGUUGGGGAGGGCAUCCCCCACCCGAGCUGCCAGGGUCAGCGCUUCGAAGCCUACUCUCCCCUCUCUGAAGACACUGGUUCAAAGCUGGACUCAUGGGAGGAACACAUCUUCUCUGCCUUUGGUAACUCUUGAAGAGUCUGGGCGAGGUCAGGGUAAGCUCCGAGGAGCCCCCGUGCCCCUGAAGGCGAGGACACACACAUCAGAAGGCUGUCCUUUCUGGCUCCAGGGCGAGGAACACAUGCCCAGUAGCUUCGGUGAGGGUGUCACCGGCGCGCUCCCCAGUGACGCUCCCUCCCCCUUGCCUGUGAGUCUUUCACCCCUUCUCCUCCCUCGGCGGGCCCCUCCCCGGGAGUCCCGCGGUCCUUUGACCCGGGUGCCUCCAAACCCGCACCUCCAAUUCCAUCAGCAUCCCGCUCCAUGUGGCCGGUCCCCCUCUUCCCUUCCGGACUGCUUUGUCAGAACUCCCUCUCCCCUUCCCAAGAACACGGCGGCCAGGCUCACCCUCCCCUUGCGCGCCCCAGCUGCCGGCUUCUCGCCUUCCUCCAAGGUUUGUGACCUUGAACUCACCAGGACGCAGUCCUCACCCUGUCCCCGAGAUUGACUCCCUUUCUGUGUGUGUGGCCCAUCGUCUUUACACUCAUUCGUCCCUCCGGUGAUUCUGCAUGCAGAUUAUUUCUAGAACCCCCUGCCUCUGGCUUGUCAGAUUUUCACACAUCGCUUUCUAGAAAUCUGUGGUAGCCUCCCGUGGCCACCAGAUGGAAAAAAGCUUUGGGUUACCCUCCCGACAUCUCCAGCCAAAGGGGCGGCCGUGCAAAUCUACUUGAGGUCACCCGUGCACAGCGUGGCCCUGUCCCCGAGGCCCUCCUGUCCGUCGUCGAGGACCAAAUGAAUACCACUCUCUCUCAGACACUUCAGGUCCCCCUCCCCCGGAGUCUGAAACUUCCUCGAAUCCUGAUUUUGUACGUUUUA